UAUUUUAAAGUUUGGUAGUUUUACGGUUCAGAUCCAACUCCAUUUGAGCUCUUUAUCCAAAAUUAUUUUCAUAUUUGGUUUUAAAUGACGUUUUUGCCUAUGCAACUUAAAGAAGCGGCAGAAAUCGAUAGAAUAUCUGAAUCACAAACAAAGAGAUAGCGCCAGUCAUCUUUUUGACUUGCUUCCUGUGUUGUGAAUUAUUCCCCACAUGAUUUGGUAGAUAGUUUAAUUUACGAAAACGUGCGGCAAGUGAAGCAAGAUAAGGAUGGGGAAGCCAAAGAAAGGGAAAAAGAAGGACGCUGAUUGGUAAGAAUAACUUCAGUAAUUUUUUACUUGAUGUACUUUUUGUCACGUGUUUCAGAGUGAUUAUUGUAUAUUGCCUUUGCUUUUCAAUAACAUCUGAAACAUCAAAUUAUUCUGACAGUUUCGCGACCAAGACAGACAUCAGUUCAUGAUUGGGUCAUGAAGGCAUCAGCUGAUGAUUGGUCUAAUUUCUAUUGACUAUAUGCUAACUAUUAUUAGUUGGCUAUCAAUUAACCUUUAAACUACCAUGAGUGACCGAGACAGAAUUUCUCCUUACAGCAUCAAUAUGAAUUCAAGCAGACAAGUGACAAGAAUAAGGAAAUUAUCAACUAGGGAAUUAUUAAUUGAUUUAUUACUAAAUUAUCUGAACCAAAAUCAUCAGAAUAAGACAUUUUACAGCUGUGUACUCAGUUGCCAUGCCUUUAAUUUGGAGUGAGGCUGAAGGUGACCAUGUUUUGAUAAAGACCAGUAUCUAUGACUGUAAAUAUAUGAAAAUCAUAUGUGUGAACUGCAGUUUAAGAAAUGAAUCUGCAAGCAAUCUUCACAGUUAUGAACACAACUUAAGCAGUAGUGAAAAUAAGGCCUGAAAAAAAGCCAGGCCUGAAUUUGAACAUGACCUCUGUAAUAAUAGUGCAGUGCUCUACCAACUGAGCUAAAAAACUACCAUUUUCAGGGAGGAUGAUGUGCUCAAUGAUCUUGAAUCAUUAAAGGAGGACGGACUAGACAAAGAAAAUGGUGCAAGUGAACCUAAGGUAAGAUGCUUUAAUUAAAUGGCAAUCUGUUUCUAUUUUUUAAAACAUUCUUUUGAAAAGUACAACUUUCAUUUGUAAUAAACAGUUAUAACCCAAAUAUGGGUUGUCCAUGUCUCAUAAUGCAGUGAGUAAUUUGUGGCUUUUUUGUAAUUUUACUUUGGAAUGGUUUUUACAAGACUUUCUAUAAUAUGCAGAAUUAUGCACUCAUUUUGAUUGGUCCUUAUAAUCUAUUGGAGAAUAGCUGCAUGAAAGACAUCACCAUUAACAUUUUUUUGCUUCUUUAUUACAUGAUGGUAAUACGACCAAGUGGGGUCCAAUUCAGUCUGUAAUCAUAAGAGUGAUUAACAAAAUUGGAUGACCACAAUGUGGGAGUCAAAUUUGUCAAUCACAAGUAUGAUUACAGACAGAACUGGACAACUAGAAGUCCUGUUACCAAUUAAUCAUAACCAUUACAAUUUCGGAAAACAACAAAUACAUUUUGGUCAAAUAUCUAUGGUAGAGACAAUGUCCUGAGUAAAAAUGAUUCUCUAUUUUAGAAAUUCCGCAAUUUUUUUCAGGAUUAGUGGUUGUUGCUAUGGUUGUUGUAAUUAAUUCUGUGAAUGGUGAAUUUGGCUGAGUGGACUUAGUAUGAUUGGCUACUUCAACUGUCUGAUUACAGCCAACUGUCCGAUUACACAGUCUGAUUACAGCUCUACAGAAUGAUUAGUAAAAAAUAAAGCAGCUAAUGCACCAAUCACAUUUGAGGAAAUUGUAAUGGUUGUUAUUACAAAAGAAAUAGAUUCCAUGUUGCUGUGGGUCUGUUCAGUAAUAAAUCACAGAUGCUUUCAAAAUGUGGUAAGAACAUUAGUGACACUUUUUGCUACACCUUAUGCACUACUUUGUCGUUCUUCAUUUUGAUGCCAUCUGUGAUCUAUUAUUGAACUGAUGCAUGGCAAUGUAAAACCUAUUUGUUAGUUUGAUUUGUAACUUGUGUGUUUCCUUAGGGAAACAAAAAUGCUGGUGGUAGGUUUCAAGGUCUUGAUAUUGAAGAUGAUGGGGUCAUGGAAGCUGAUGGAAAUGACGAUGAAUUGGAAACAGUGACAAGUUCAAAGAAAAAUAAGAAAGACAAAAAAAAGAAACAAGGCGAAACUGAAACAGAAAUUGAACAAAUUGCUUCCAAGGACGAUGGCAAAAGUGAAAAUGAUACUUUGGAGACAAAUAAUGAUAAUGAGAUUUUCGAUGAACCUAAUGUCACCACAUCUAAAAAGUCCAAGAAGAAAAAGAAAGACAAAAAGGAUUUUGACUUUGAUUUGGAGGAAGAUUCUGGAGAUGACGAAGUGAAACCUGUUCCAAAGCAAGAUACUGCAGCUCCGAAACCCGACACUAAUUCUGAUGAUUCUGGUGCUAUAAUAAAAACAGCUGCACAAAAAAGAGCUGAAAAGAAAGAAAGGGAGAAAAAGAAAAAAGAAGCUGAAAAAGCCAAGGCAAAAGCAAAAGCGACAAAAGAGGCAGGUAAAGGAGAAACCAAGGAGGAUGACAAGAGUGGAGAAGGGACUGGUGAGACCCAAGCUGAAACCAGCAAUGAAGAUAAGGGAGAAGGUACAGAAUCAGAACAUGUUGUAGUUACUGUAAUUCAAUUUCAAUGAUUAUAGAAGUGUUUCAUGCAGUUUGCCUCAUUUUACUUUGAGUUUUUAUUGGUGAACAAUGAUGUUGAUCUUCACUUCAAUUUGCUUUUGCAAUUACUUUGAUUUUGGUUUGACAAAGCUCAACUGAAAACUGCCCUAUGAGACCCCAUGGUUCACAAUUGUUUUAAAGUAUGUACAGUACUGCUCGCGUAUACAUUAACUACACAGACGAAUUUCAUGCGCUCCGACACAGGGUAGUCAGACGUGUAUGUAUGAUUUUUUGUGCGUGCGGUUAAAAAAAAAUGUGUGAUUCAUGUGCCUUGGUUUUUCAGUGCUAUAACUUGUAACUUGUUACUAAACUGCUUCUUCUGCAGAAGAUUUUUUAUUUGUUGUUAUUAUUUUUUUAAUUCAUUUCUUUCAUAAGGUGCAGGUGACAUGGAAGCUGACAAGACAGUACCUGAUAACCUGGAAGACAAGGGUGAAGACCAAGAAGGUGAAGAGGAUGGAGAGGAAAAAGAUAAAAAGAAAAAGAAAAAGAAGAAAAAAGGAGAGAAAGAAGAGAAGAAAGUGAAGAAGCCCAACAAGGCCUUGGUGAAACAGAUGCAGGAGCAGCUGGAGAAGCUCAAGGCUGAGGAAGAAAGAAGGAAACAGGAAGAGGAGGAGAAACAAAGAGCUCUCGAAGAGGCAGAGAACAGGAGACUUGAGAAGGUAUCAUGUCUUUUACUAUUAAACCAAUUGAUUUACUGUCUGUCAUUUCCUGCGAUGGUUUUUUUUUUGUGUGUGUGCAAAAUAUACAUGGAUAACUUUGAGUUAAUGAUUGACCUGACUUGAGUUUUUGCUUAUUGAUCAUUACUUACUUACUGAUUUGUUAUUAAUAUAUUUUUUUGUACAGUUAAGACUUGAACAGGAAAGGAAAGAGAAAAAAAAACAGAAAGAGAAGGUACAUAGGUGUGCUUUUCAUCAUUACAAACCCAGAACUUAACCCUUAAAACUUCCAAGAUCUGAUUGUUAAUUCUCCCCUCUAGCUGCUACAUUUCCUUGUGAUCUAGUUACAAGAAUUUGGUGUUAGAUCAAGAUAACUUCUACCUGAUAAGUUUGGGAAUUCUCAUUACCUGUUAGCUGGAUAUUGAAUGGAUAUUAUAAGGAAAAGUUACAUGUUAAUCACUUCUGGGAGUCAAAGAGUGAAAGCAUAUUAUUCAACCUUGAAUUGAAAAACAUAAUCAUACUCUGAAUACAGUGGUUGCACAUGGUCACUACUACCUUUCCAUGUUUUACUAGUUUAUGCACCAAUUCCACUGGCACAAAUUUUGUUAUUGAUGGCAAUUUGCAGGAGAAGAAAGAGAGGCUUAAAAAGGAAGGAAAACUCCUCACUAAAUCACAGAGGCAACAGCGAGCACAAGCUCAAGCCAUGUUAGAUUCGAUGAAAAAACAAGGUACCUAAGUGAUAAAGCAAGUUGGUUUUAGUUAACCCUGAGCAGAGUGAAUUCUCAAGCUAAGGAGUCAAGGAAAUGAUGCUGACUUUGAACAUCUUUUGUAAUUGUAGGUCUAAUCAACAUUCCGGCCCUGAAUCAACAAGAGCAGGAUGGAGUGAGGAAGCCAGUGAGGUAUGGCACAAAAAAACCAAAGAAACAGCAACAGCAGCAGCAACAAGAACAAGAUCAGGAAGAAGCAGUGCAGGCUGAGGCUGAGGAUAUUGGUAAGGAAAAUAAUUUUGUGUUUGAAAUUUAUUUUAAAAGGGCUGUGAUGCAGUUCUAAAGGUAAUCUAUUCACAUACAAGCUGUGUACAAGCCACAGAUUUUUGACCUAAACUCAGACAGACAAUAACAAAACUUGACCAAUUGAAGACUUUAUUAACGAAAAAAAUAAUAAUGAAUCAUAUCAUAACUUUGUGUGAUUACAUUUCACCCAAAACCAGAAACAACUGAAAGGGCAACUGUUGGAGAGGAGGACAAGAAAUCUGAUGGUAUGAAUGACUAAUAGUGAAUAUGAAAAUAUUUCUUUUUUUGCUAAAUAGAUGCAUAGGGAAUCUUUAAGUUCAAGAAUGUACAGUUUUUUUUUUUUUUCAUUGUAUCCUCUUCAGAGCUGCAGGAUGAUGAUGCUGAAAACGAUGAACAAGAAGAAGACAAAGAAGAGGAAGAUGAAGAAGAUGAGGAAGAAGAUGAGGUAAGUCAGUUUGGAGAAUUUGGUAUUGGAUCAACUAAUAGUCUCCUUAUCGAUAUUUUUUCUAAAUUCUUAUCUCUUGUCUGCUGGGUAUUGGGAUAAGGAAAAAAUUAUAUCAUGGCCUAUAGGAGUUUCAGGUUUAAAUCUUAAAUUCAAGUCUUGUAAGCAUAGUCUAAUUAGCCCUGGAAGCUGAAAGUCUUUCUUUGCAAAAUUUGACUCACUGUUAGUCUUCUGGUAAACUUGUGUUUGUUCUGUAGGUUAAGGAUUCCUGGGAUGUUGAUUCUGAUGAAGAAACAGAGGAAAGCACUGCUGUUAAAGGUCUGCGAUUUUCUGUACUUUCCUCUGGUAUAAAUUUCCUUCCUCCUUUUUCCAGUUUUGUGGCAACCCUUAGUUCUUAAUUCUCAUUUGUGGUCUGUCGGUUGUGAUAUCAGACGUAAUGAACAUUUAGGAGGCAGGCUCUCAUCAGAAGCGCUUCAGAACGAGCGUUAUUCGCCCGCGAAUAACUCAACAAAAUGUGUAGCCGCAUAGUAGUUCUUUACGGUCCUGUUGUGUUUGUGGUGUUUAUAUUCGUUAUUAAUUAUAAAAUGCAGUAAUCUCAACAAAAGCCUUUUUUAUUGUAGAUUCUAAUGCCAAACCAGCCGACACCGUUCAGGUACAUGACUAUUCUAUUCGUCUUUUUGUAAGAGGCGCUUAUACUUUGUACGUAACAUAACAUUGUCAGGAGAACAGUGAUUUACCAACAUUAUAACGUGUUCUAAAGAAACAAAAUGCUCACUCUAAUUGGUUGAACACCUGUUGUAAAUUGUGGCGAUAAACCUAGAGCAAUUUUUAUAAAACAAUAGAAAGAACUAUCUGUCGGUUUACCGGACACUUGGGACGUUAGCAGAAUACUAGAAAAGUUUGAAGAGGCCAGUUUAAUUUAUUACAGUCCAAUCAACAGCGAGGCCUUUCUUAAUCUGUUAUAAUUAUCCGACGGUCUUUUUGAAGGUGGAAGUCAAAGAGCCCACAGAUGUAGCUGCUGAGAGUGAAGAAGAAUCUGAGGAGAGUGAGGAAAGUGAAGAAGAAAGUGACUCUGAGGAAAAUGACGAUGACAGUGACAGCGAGGAAGAGUCGGACGACGAGGAAAGCAAAACAGAGACUGUAUGGGAAAGAAUACAGGUGGGAUUUCUUAACUUAAAUUACCAGAGAAAGAUCGAAAGAAUUACAAACAUUUAUGAUAAUCUUGCGUCUGAUAUAAAGAUAUUUUGAUGAUAUGUUAUUUUUUUUGUUUUCAGAAAAGGCAUGUGAGAGCAGAAGCCAACCGCAACACGGACAACUUGCGAUCUCCGGUUAUCUGUGUACUAGGGCAUGUGGACACCGGGAAAACAAAGAUUUUAGAUAAGGUAAAUUACUCAAUUCAAGCACAGAUCCACUUUCCACCCCUCCCUGCCCGUGCCUCUUUCCAGUGAUCCUGGAACAACCAAAGCGCAAGAAAGGGUAAGAAGGGGGGGGGGGGGGGGGGGGAUAUAGGAGGGGGCUAGCAAGGGGGUCGGGGAGCUCAUCUAAAACUCACUGUUAAGAACGAAAACACAAGUCAUUACUUUUCCUCUGACUGUCGCUCAGAUUUAACAUGCACAGUUUACAUUUCCGUGCAAUAUUCCAAAGGGAAGUUGAUAAAGAGAAAGCUUUCAAAUACAAGAAUAUCUUGAACUGAAGUGCUAUCAAUUUUAUAUGAACAGCAAAACUCACGACUUCGUUGAAGAGGAGGGAGAGGCUGGGUCGUUAGGAGAUUCUCAAGAAACAAAGCUGUGGACGGGAGUCCUGAUAGAGUGUUAACUGAAUUAAUAUUUUGUGUUUGUAGAUUCGUCACACCCAUGUCCAAGACGGAGAGGCGGGUGGGAUCACGCAACAGAUCGGUGCUACUAUGGUCCCUGUAGACGCCAUUAGAGAGCAGACGAAGAUGAUUAAAGACGUAAGAAAUGAAUGUGUUAUAUUAUUCAUCGAACGUUGGUCCUCGUCAUAAGAACCUUGCAUGCAAUUAUGAGGGUCGUUUUUCUGCAGGUGUUAUUUCUUUUGUUGCCCAGAUUCACUUGUGGGAAAUUCUAAGCGCCGAGGCUACAAACCUUAGAGAACUGGACAUCGCUUCUUUUGCACACAGUUAACAUCAGAAGAGGCUCGAAGAGCGAAAGAUAUAUCGGUUUAACUGUUUUUCAGGUCAAUUCUAAAUUGUGCUUGGGCUGAAAAAGUGUAAAUGACGUGAUUUCUGGUUUUUCGAGGUGCGAAGCAGAUGUCGUGUCUUGACAAACUAAGUGAUGGAAGUAAAUUGAUCUUUCUAGCUUCAUGAAAAAAUGUUGUUCUUAUUUCUUGUUUCAGUUCCAGUCUUUUGACAUUAAGCUUCCUGGUCUUCUUAUCAUCGACACACCAGGGCAUGAGUCUUUCAGGUAAGACUGUUUUCUCAGCACGAUUAAUGACGUGUGAUUUGAUCACAAAUAGUUAACAGACAGGAUUGCAAGUGCGGAAUUGAUCCUGAUUGUUAAACUCCAUUGAAAAAGCUGUUACAUAACGUAAAAAAGGAAAAAGGAAUUGAAACUUGAACACGUGAACCCGAUAACCUCUAACCCUUAGAUUCCAAAGAGUGACUGGCAUCUAAUUUCUCCUUACAAUAUCACCCCUGAAUCACACAUUAAGGUUAUGAGAAUAAAAGAAAUGAUCACCAACUAAGGAAGCUCUUGAUUGUUAGACAAAUUAUCCUUGUCAGAACCUUAAAUUUUGUACUGAGAAAAGUAUAGAAAAUAUGCAUACUGACCCUAGGGUUUAAAGGAUUAAAUCUUCAUGGUGUGUCUGGUUCUGUAUUGCAGUAAUUUACGUUCCCGAGGUUCAUCGCUGUGUGAUAUGGCCAUUUUAGUGGUAGACAUCAUGCACGGCUUGGAACCACAAACCAUCGAGUCACUCAACCUGUUGAAGAAGAGGAAGACUCCUUUUGUUGUGGCACUGAAUAAGGUACGACAUUUUAGUUGGUUGUCUGUUUUCAAAUUUGAAGCCCAUAGCGUAUUGUAAAGCAUCCCUGGCUGAGUAGAGAACGUUUCGAAAAAGUGAUCGAACGAAAUUUUGGCGAGGACGUGGGAUUGCUUUGUACCACAUGCAAGUAGUGGCAACUUCAAGACGAUUGAGUCGUGAAGGAUUUUUAAUUGUGAAUGAAAAACAAACCUUUAUCGUUUUGAAGGUUGACAGGCUGUUCGAAUGGAAGCGAGGACCUAAUUCUGGCAUCGUAGACACGAUCAAGAAACAGAAGAAGAACACCAAGCAAGAGUUUGAUGAACGUGUGCAGAUCGUAAUCAAAGAGUUUUCUGAGCAGGUUUGUGAUUUUCGUACUUGCCAAUCUAAUAAAACCUUUAGAUAGUCAAGUGGUAAGGAAGUCGCUCACAAAAGAGGCUAGAAUAAACCAAGAAAUGGUAAGUAUGGCACAGAACGUAAAAGAUUGACGUGAUUGCAAAUGGCGUACUUGAACAGUGACUCAGCCCCGUAGCCCUUUCACUCCCAAGAUCUAAUUAGUAAUUCUCCUUACUGUCUGCCACACAAUGCUUAUGAUGUAGGUUUGGAGAAUUUGGCAUUUGAUCAACUAACAAUUCCCUAUUUUAUAUUUUUCUUUAUUCUCAUCCCUUGUCUGCUUGAUAUUGUAAUGAUGUUAUAAAGAGAAAUUCUGUCUUGGUCACUCAAAGGAUUUAAAGGGUUCCUGCCUGUCUAACACCAUGUUUCCUCGUUUUUCGCAGGCUUUGAACGCAGCUUUGUUCUACAACAAUCCCGACCCUCGUUCGUACGUUUCGCUCGUACCCACAUCAGCUCACACGGGAGAUGGAAUGGGAGACCUCAUCUCACAAGUGGUGCAACUUACUCAAACAAGACUGGCACAGAGGCUCUCCUACUCAGAGGAUAUGGAGAGCAUGGUGUUAGAGGUAAGUGACUAGACUAUCGACUGGAAAAGCCUUGAGUUUUAGGCGUCGAGGGAGAUCAAACCCAUGUUUUUAUGAUAUUCGAUGGUUGGAGGCUACCACCAGAUGAGCGAUUUACCUUCAGAGAUAAUUGCAAAGCUGUUUAAAAUAACUACAUGGUGAUAUUACACGUUGUCGUUUUGCUUCAUUGUAAAUUGUCGCUCGUUUGAAGGAAACCUGCAAAUGAUAAUUAACAAGGUAGGACUUAACGAAAAGAGAAUGAGGACGGUCAAGGAAAACUGGAACUGAUGAACUUGAGAAAUCCAAGCUUAUUUCUCUUUAGGUGCAUCAACUCUGACCUGAAGCUCCAUCAGACGACAAUAUUCCUUGAAAGACUGGUUUUGGUCCUUCUUUUAUCCAAUGAGAAGAAUUUCAGACACUGUUUGUAAUUUUGAAGGGAAAGGCCUUCCGUAAAAUGAAAUCCUUCUCCUUUGCCAAUAGAAAGUAAUGGAGGGUAAUUUUGUCGUCGAGAUCAGCUUGUAAACCUAACAAUGUUCUAUGCCAAGGAGCAUAAAGCUCGGUUUCGAAUCCAGUCCUUGGAUAUAACUCACGGCAUAAUGUGUUUUGCGUUUUUAGGUCAAAUCACUGCCUGGUCUCGGUACCACCAUAGAUUUAAUCCUGGUGAAUGGGAAACUCAAAGAAGGGGACACAAUUAUUGUGGCUGGAAUUGAGGGUCCCAUUGUGACCCAAAUUAGGGCCCUCCUAACGCCUCAGCCCCUCAAAGAAUUACGGGUCAAAAACCAGUAUAUUAACAAUAAGGAGCUGUUGGGCGCCCAGGGAGUUAAAAUUGCUGCUAAGGACCUGGAAAAGGCCCUUGCUGGUAUACCACUGUUUGUUGCCCAGCAACCAGAUGAGGUGGAUUAUUGGAAAGUAAGGGAAAUUUUUAUUUCUUGUGUAUGGAUUUUGUGCGAUGUGAAAGUAUACAAAAAAUCCCCUUUUUCUGUUCAACGUUUCCCUCAUGGUGUAUUUAUUUCACGUUGCUCCAGAUGUGACUGAAAUUUAUUUUCUCGCUACAAUAUCCAUACUUCAUCCAGGAAUCAGGUAAUGAGAAUACUGAAGCUUAUCAGGUAGAAGUUGUUACCUUAAUCCAACACCAAAUUUACGGGGAAAAGUGUAGUAGCUAGAGAGGAGAAUUAGCAAUCACAUAUUGGCGGUCAAAGGGAUAAAGGUCUGAUUACGUAAAGUGAAAAUACGAAACUGUAGAAAGAGACUAUUGUCUUUCUUGGAUUUAGUUUAUGUACUGUUUCGCAAUAUCCAGCCUUUUUGCAGGGGUACUUUGCAUGUAGACUAACUGUGGGGCCACAUAAGCUUCAAAAUUGCAACGUGAGCUCUUUGAUCACGGUGAAAAUCGGUCUUUAAAGACAAUUCAAAUUAAAAUUGUGUCGUGUCCUUUAAGUUGUUAUUAUUGACGGCAAAUUGUGAUUCUGUUUUCUGAUUGUUAUCAGAAUGAAGUGGCCAAUAUACUACGCGACACUCUACAGUCUAUCAAGCUGUCUGAUCGUGGUGUGUAUGUACAAGCCUCUACGUUAGGAUCUUUGGAAGCCUUACUUGAAUUUCUGCGCACAUCAAAAAUUCCCGUAAGUAGCUUGUAUCGUUUUCAAAUAAAGCAAUGAUCCUUGCAAGUAAGCUUCAAUUUAUGCAAUUGCAGAAAAAAAAAAAAAGCACUAAAAAAAUUUUAGACUUCGACAAGAUUCGAACCCAGGCCUCCCAGAAACUAGUCAGGCGUUAUUACCAACUGAACUACGAAGCCUCACAAUGAAAGCGAAGCAAAUUUAGAGGAUUCUCCUGCCCCGUGAAGGAAUCUGGUACAAUACUGAUUUUCAUUUUUGUUAGAUAAGUGAUCUUGCUCUCUGAAAUGCGUUUGGUAUUUUUUGCAAUAGGCAAUUUUUUGUCGUAUAUCUUGCUGUGAUAAAUUAUUAGUCAUUCAUGUUAGGUAGAAGAUGUUAAGCAGUUUUGUUAUUUUGCAGUACUCCGGAGUGAACAUUGGUCCAGUUCACAAGAAGGACAUCAUGAAAUGUUCCACCAUGUUGGAGCACGAUAGCCAGUGAGUUCCUUUCAAUCUCAUCCAGCAAAUCUACGUCAUGGUUGCUCCUCCUCCUCCUCUAAUUAAGCUUUUCCUCUCUCAACCCUUCGCUCGACUCACACAACCACUCGUGUAGAUCAAACAGUCUGCAUCUGGGUUUGCACUUUAAAAGGUUACAGUAGUCUUAGACAUUCGUGUAUAAAUAUAUAUUACAACAAGUCAGAUUAAGAAUUGAUUAAGUACUAACCACAGAUUUUAUGUUUUUUUUUUCGUUUUGUUUUGCUUGUGUUUGUUCGUGUGUUAUAGCUACUGAUUUGCUAAAUACCACGUGUUUGUUGCGUUGCUUAGAUACGCUGUGAUCCUGGCCUUUGAUGUACGGAUAGAAAGAGAAGCGCAAGAAAUGGCUGACAAUUUGGGCGUGAGAGUGUUUUCCGCAGACAUCAUUUACCACUUGUUUGAUAAAUUUACAGCUUAUAGAGAGGUAAGAUAAAUACAGCGCCUUUCUGAAAGAAAAGUUACCUUUCCCGGGAGGGAAGGAUGGCAGAACUCUUCCAAAGUAAAUUCAUUGGAAGAGCGUAGAAUGAGUUGCAAAAUGAAAUAACGUAGGAUAAACUUAAAUUAGCUUCGAAAACCAGACCGUGAUCGUAAUAUCUUUCUCGGCCAUUCCUUUAAUUGAGUUUGUAAAGUAUUCUGGUAUCACUUUAUUAUUGAUUUACUUUUCUCUUUUUUUGGUCCAGAAACCUCGCCCACUCUAUCAAACAGUCAGGUGUAAACCUUGGUCGCCCGCGUUUUCCCGCGCUUUUAGGGGGUUUGAUCGGUUUUACGUUGAAUUUCAUUGGCUCUCUAAGUUAUUUUCCUGCCUUCUGAUUGGCUGUUGUAAUUACUUUGGUUUGGUUUUACCUAUGACACUCAAUCAAAAUGCGUUCUAUACUAGCUGAAUUAUCUAGGUAUGUUUUAAGCUCUACAGUUGCUUGAAAGCGUUUUUUCAAUGCCUUUCACCAGGAUCUAAAACAAAAGAAGCGUGAAGAGUUCAAACACAUCGCAGUGUUUCCAUGUAAGCUUCGAAUCAUGCCACAGCAUAUCUUCAACUCUCGUGGCCCGAUUGUCGUCGGCGUGGUCGUGGAGGCUGGUGUCAUAAAGGAAGGGACACCAAUAGCGAUUCCAAGCAAAGAGGUCAGUGUUGUUGUAAGGCGCUAAAAUGCUUUGUACUUCUUUUAGACCUGGUAGGUUUUAACGAAUCCAUGAUUAGCGUAACUAACUCUUAAGGCAAGAAACAUACCGGCGUAUGACUUGUUAUCAGUUUUAAGUCCGAUAUUGUAUAGUACAGUAGAGGUUUCAUUAACUUUUUUCUCCAAGCGGCCACCCAUGAUGUAAUAGGCGGCUGUGCCAUUAGGCGACACUCAAACACAUGUGCCUGCUCGCAGGUUCAACAGACGGCGGUAAGAGGUCUUUUCGGCGGCAGCAGACCGCCGGUUACUUGCUUCUAUUGAAACUCCUGUAGUAGGUAGUGUUGGAAGUGCUUUGUUGGGGGCAAGAAGUUGCGGGAGAAGCGUUCUGAAUGUGGAAAACAUUUAUCCAGUGGCAAGCGUGGGAAACUUGUAAGCGGUAAACGAGUGGGAAAGGUGUAGGUGGUGACAGGCACGCGAAAUGUCCCCGGCGACUAGUGCUGAGAACCUCUUACUGGCUCUAGGCGUAGCUAAAGAGAUGCACAUAUAUAUUUGAGAAAUCACGAAUUUGAGUAACCAGCAGAGAAACAAAUAAAUAUAAGGGGUAAGUUUCUAAAGAAACUGUGGUGCUGCAUCAAUGGGAGAGUAUAACAGGGUAAUUCUGUAUUAUCAACUGAGUCAAUAAUGUAAAUCAGCCACCGUAAAGAGUUUCAAAGCUGACGUUUCGAGCAUUAGCCCUUCGCCAGAGCGAAUCAUUCAGUUGACAAUACUAAAUUAGAGAGAAACAAUUAGUUUGUUUCACUCGGGUAGAUGAUCGAAAGCUAGCUACCUACAUGGCUCAUUCAAAGAGCAAAUUACUUCAAGCCUGUUAUUGGACGCCUUGUCAUUCUGUUGUGUGGCAGCGCUAAUCUUUGUUUUUCUUUACACGUGUAUAUUUCUGUAGUUUUUGGACAUCGGUGUCCUUACUGGUAUUGAAGCAAACCACAAGCCACUUACUGAAGCUCGUAAAGGAAUGGAGGUGUGUGUCAAGAUCGAGUCGCCCCCAGGAGAGGCUCCCAAAAUGUAUGGGCGGCAUUUCGAUCACACGGACCUGUUGGUCAGUAAGGUGAGAUUACCUAGCUUUAUAAUAUCUGCAUUAUUUCUUUUAUUUUUAAUUAUUUAUUUAUUUAUUUAUUUCCAUUAUUUUUAAUUAUUUAUUUAUUUAUUUAUUUCCAACAAAACAUUAACUCUAAUUUAUAAGGGUUGCCAUUUUACACUGGUCUACAAAUUUGUUAGCAACUGAAAUCGAAUUAAGUAAUGUGGCGAAAAAACCCGUUUGAAGCUAGAUCUUAGAAAAUUUGGGUUCCUUAGACGAUAUCGAAAGAACAUUUAUAUCAGGACAAUUGUGUUAAAUAAGAUAUUAGGUAGAUUGUGUGUGGGAUACUGAUAGAUCACGGAUAGCUUGAGAUCACUGAUAGCUGGUAGACUUGAGUUAGAGAAAAGUAUUUUAUAUCCCGCGAUUUUUCGUGCCUCAAUUCUCGUAAAUUUCCUGGUUUUAAGGGUUCCGCCUGAAGAAAAAAGGGUCAAAGGGUGUUCUGGACUCUCAUCUGAAUCAAGAAAAACUGUUAAUUUAAGUUCAUUAAAAAGCUGCACAUGUCAGCUGUUGUGAAUAGGUCACUGAUGUAGGCCCACACGACUGGGAAAAGCCUCAAGUCGCUCAUUUACCCCUAGUUUUUUGCGCAAUUUUAUUACUAUUGGGCGGAAGCGUAAAAAAUUGAAGUUACCAUGAUGCUGCGAUCUCUAUUUCAUGACUGCCGAUAGCGUUCAGUGCGUUAAAAUACUCUUUUUUUCUCGAUGUCUUACAGAUAAGCCGGGAAUCUAUCGAUGCUGUGAAGGAGUACUUCAGAGAAGAUCUACAGAAAUCCGACUGGCAGCUUAUGAUCGAACUCAAGAAAAUCUUUGAAAUUAUAUAAAUAUAGAUUAAAGAGCGUUCAGAGACUUUAAAUUUUCAAUUGUAUGUCAUGCCCUUAGUGGCCUGGGAUCUGAUUGCAUCUCUUAAGUGUCAAGAAUCUUUAAGAAAGCUUGGUUGUGGGGGAAGAGUGAUGGUUGUUUUUGCAACAACCUCUGGUGUCACGAUUUAAUUUUCUGUCCACCCUAUCAAACAACUGAGUGCAUUACAGGUACAUUUUGGACCAUGGUACAUAAAACUCUGACUUAAAGGACAAUCGUUGCUCAAUAAUUUAUAAUUACCUAGUUAAAGAAGUGCGUUGCGUGGCUGAUGUUCCAUACUGAGUCCUCUAUGAGUACAAGAAUCCUGUAUUGUACGUUGUAAACCUUAAUUUUU